CCUAGGGCCCGGGGGUCGACAACCCUGAGCUUGAGGAGCUCCUGAGACUGGGUUUCAUUAAACCAAGCAACUCCCCGUGGGGUGCACCCGUCCUCUUUGCUCGCAAAGCGGAUGAAACUCUUCGUCUCUGCAUCGACUACCGUGGUCUCAACCGCUACACGGUUAAGAACAGCUACCCCAUGCCUCGUUCCGAUGAGCUGUUCGACUGCCUAGCAGGCAACCACUUCUUUACGAAGAUUGAUCUUCGUAGCGGUUACCAUCAGAUCCGCGUCGCUGCAGCCAACCAGCCGAAGACCGCGUUCCGAUCGCGCUUCGGCCACUAUGAGUUUACGGUGAUGCCAUUCGGCCUCACCAACGCACCUGCUACCUUCCAGAAGGCGAUGAAUGACAUCUUCAGGGACAUCCUGGAGCAGUACGAUCUCGUCUACCUCGAUGAUAUCCUGGUCUACAGUCGUACCCUUGAGGAGCACCUCAGACACCUCCGCGACGUCCUUGACCGCUUGCGCAGACAUGGCUUCUACGCCAAGCUGAGCAAGUGCCGCCUUGCCCAGCACAAAGUGGAUUUCUUAGGACACUACGUGUCUGACCAGGGUCUCCAUAUGGACGACGCGAAGAUCACUGCUAUUGCGGAGUGGCCCGCUCUCACAUCCGCCAAGCAGCUUCACAGCUUCCUAGGCCUGACCAGCUAUUAUAGUAACUUCAUCCUGGGAUACGCUAGACCGCCUGAGCGUUUUCCCGGAGGACCAUACGAGCGCCCUCCACCCAUCAUGGUGGACGGCCACGAGGAGUUCCUUGUUUCAGACAUCAUUGGUCGCCGAGUCACCGACGACAACCCUCCCCACGUCGAGUAUCUCGUACGUUGGAAGGGUUACCCUGAUGAGGAGGCUACCGGGGAGCCCCUCGAGCACUUGCAGCACGCUCGCAUGUUGGUGCGUGCCUAUGACCGUUCUCGUCAUGCUGGGUUCACUGCUCCUCCUCAGCCCACUGACCCUCCUCCUUCUCCCCCGGCUGAGGAUACCGCUGAAGUCGAGCCUGCUCCUUCUGAGGCAGACCUUCAGCAGCAGCCGAAUGCUUCUGAGCGUCCGCAGCGCGCUCGUUGUUGUCCUGCUCGAUACGACGAUUGACUCUGACUUACCUUCCCACGUCUUUGACUUAUCAGUACUCCAUCCAUCAG